UCUGAUAACCAUGUCUGCUGAAAUGGACCUCGACUUACGACAAGCCUUGAUUUUAUACGCAACAGAAACUGGCACCGCACAGGAGGUAGCAGACCGCGUAGCCCUAGAAUGUCGACGAAUACACAUCCGCUCCCGAGUCCUCAGUAUGGACGCUUACCCUGAGGAAGAUCUCGUUUCAGAAACUCUGGUAAUAUUUGUCGUGUCAACAACGGGAUCUGGUGCAGAACCAAGGGCCAUGUCAGACUUAUGGAACAAGCUUCUACGGGCUGAUCUACCGUCUGAUCUUUUCGAAGAUGUGCAUUUUACAGUUUUUGGUUUGGGAGAUACAGCAUACGAAAAGUUUUGCUGGCCUGCUAAACGCUUGACACGUCGAUUGGAGGGUCUAGGGGCACAUAAAAUAUGCGAAUGCGCGGAGGGAGACGAGCAACAUAUACUCGGGAUAGAUGGGGCAUUAGAGCCUUGGCUUGAAACCUUAUCCAAGUCGUUACCUGAACUCAUGCCACUUCCGCAUGGACUAGAUAUCCUCCCUUCAACUCAAACCCCUCCAGCUCGUGUAUCACUAGUAAACUGCUCAAAUCAUCAGGUCGCCACGAACGAUCCUUUGGAUCAUGAUCAUGACUACGGUUUAGCUACCGUUAAAUGUAACACGCGACUAACAGCACAAGACUGGUAUCAGGACGUUCGCCAUAUUGAAUUUGAUUUUUCGGACAACGUCGAAUAUUCUCCAGGAGAUGUCGCUGUGAUACAUCCUAUUGCCAAUGCGGACGAAGUGGAAACCUUUCUCUCCCAGAUGGGGUGGGGAAACUUUGCCGAUGAUUUAUUAGAGAUCAGCCAUGUACACAAAGAUCAAUCUUUACCUGAUCAUCUACCUCGAUGUGCGACUCUGAGGACAAUUUUCAGUCGAUAUCUAGACUUCAAUGCCGUCCCUAGAAGAAUAUUCUUCAGAUAUCUUCGCUAUUUCACAUCGGAUGAAGCAGAGAAAGAAAGACUAGAUGAAUUUCUUUCGCUUGAGCAUGCUGACGAGCUAUAUGAUUAUUGCUUUCGGGUCAGACGGACGAUACAAGAAGUGCUGUCAGAGUUUCGCAACGUUCGAAUACCGAUGAACUACAUAUUUGACGUGUUUCCUCCACUGCGCCCUCGACAAUUCUCUAUCGCGAGCUCUCUAAAGAAAAAUCCCCAGUCGAUCCAUAUUUGUGUCGCCAUGGUCAAAUACAAGACGAAGCUGAAGAUACCUCGCAGAGGAGUUUGUUCAACGUAUCUUUCACGACUACAACCAGGUCACCAACUGAGGAUUCGGACUCUCAAAGGUUUCAUACGACUACCUGCCAACAGUGACAUCCCUAUCAUUUGUGUUGGACCUGGGACAGGUGUCGCUCCGAUGAGAGCAGUGAUCGAAGAGCGGAUUCAACAAAAUGCAUAUAAUAACACAUUAUACUUUGGUUGUCGCUCUGCAACAAAGGAUCAGCACUACGCUUCCGAGUGGAAUCAAUGUUCCGUCGACAACAAGCUUAUCUACCGAGUAGCAUGCUCGCGGGAUGGGCCUGAGGGUGUCAAGAAGACUUAUGUCCAGGAUCUUAUACUAGAGGAUGCGGACCGGUUAUGGAAGCUCAUCGAUGAAGGCGGCGCGUAUGUUUUUAUCUCCGGGUCUUCGAAUAAAAUGCCAGCUGCUGUGAAAGCAGCCUUACGACACGCAGUAGUAACUUGUGGUCACAGGGAAGAGGUGGAGGCUUCCAGGUAUAUCCUUGAUUUAGAAAAGAAUGGUCGGUUGAUUGAGGAAUGCUGGAGUUGAUAUGUGUAGAUAUCCUUUAUGGCAACAGGCUGGGUCAUCCGCGUUAGCGGUUCUCUCGAACCUGGAAACUCAGGCAAUUGUUCGUCAAUAUCUUGACUGUCAUCACUGACCUCAACCUAUAUUUCGUAUUAGUUCUUGUCCUCCAAUUCGUAGUUUAUUGCCUUUCAAGUUCCAGCCUGCAUUCAAUGACCCUUUUCUCUGUUCUCCAAUGCUCCCCGCAAGAGAGAUAUCGAUAACCACGGACGAGGUACUACUAUAGACGGUUCAGAUCAGGAUUGAUUCAGUCCCCUAAAUACUACUGGUCAUAGAAGGAAAUAGUAGCGAUGUCGAUGAACAUCAGGAUGACUUGCUUCGUUAC